AAUUAAUUUUUUGGAUCCAAGCCAAAAAUAUCCAAUUGAUCAUUCAUACAUUAUUUUAAAACAAUUUAUUUUAUAGAAACAAAUAUUGUGAUAUCGCCACAAAAAUGUAAUGAAUGAUAUUUGUUUUUAUUGUAAGAUUCAGUAGUUAAUUAAACAAAGAAGUGAUUGACAAUACAUGUAUAAUUACAAUUUAAUAAAGCUAAUAAAGUGGAAAUACGUGUAAAAUAUUUCUAUGCUGACAGGGAAGUGAAUUAUAUCCUUUCCUGGUAGUCGGACAUUUUUGUGUAAAGGUAUUGUGAGUACAUGAUGAGUUAUCUUCUUGUUGCUGCCAUUGAUUUUGGAACAACUUUCUCUGGGUGGGCGUUCUCAUUCAAACAUGACUUCGAACGUGACCCAACAAAAAUAACUGCAAAGAACUGGCAUGGGGAUCAACUUAUUUCCCAAAAAGCCCCUACUUGUGUAUUGAUAAAACCAGACGGACGAACAUUUGACUCAUUCGGUUAUACUGCAGAAAGUAAAUAUGCCGAGCUGGUUGCAGAGGAGAAGCACGAACAAUGGUAUUUUUUCAGAAGAUUCAAGAUGAUGCUCUUUGAUAAAAUUGAAGAUGCUUGUGGGAAACAGCUGUCGGCUAAAAAAGUGUUUUCGAUGGUGAUAAAGUUUUUAAAAGACGACCUGUUGGAAGAAUGCAGCAACCAGCUUGGUGAUUCAAUCAAUGAUAAAGAUGUAAAGUGGGUGUUGACAGUCCCUGCCAUUUGGAAUGAUGUCGCUAAACAGUUUAUGAGAGAAGCUGCCAUAAAGGCAGGUAUCAUGAAAGAACACUUGCUCAUUGCAUUAGAGCCAGAGGCUGCCUCUAUAUUCUGUAGACAUCUUCCAGUAGAUAAGGCAGAAGGGGAAGAAGAAGUAUCACUUGCAUCUAUGAAAGCAGGGACAAAAUAUAUGGUUGUUGAUGCUGGCGGUGGUACUGUAGAUAUCACGUUCCAUCAGGUAAUUGUUGAUGACAAGUUGAGGGAGAUACAUAAAGCUAGCGGUGGUGCUUGGGGAGGAACAAGGAUUGAUGAUGAAUACGAGAAAUUCCUUGAUUCCCUAUUUGGACAAGAUAUAAUGAAGAAGUUCCAAAAACAGAAUAUGGAUGAUUACUUUGAUAUGAUGCGAGCAUUUGAGAUAAAAAAGAGAGAUCUCAAACUAAAGGGAGCGAAUAAAGUCACAAUUCGAAUUCCACCUUCAUUGAUUGAUAUAGUACAGGAGAACCGGGGAAAACAAUUAAAGGAUAUCAUAACAGAAUCCAAAUAUAACGGAAACAUAACGUACGUGAGUGGGAAAAUCAGAGUAUACCCGGAACUGCUUAUAGCUCUUUUCAAGGAUACGGUUGCAAAAAUCAUUAAACAUAUGAAUUCACUAUUACAGGAAGAGAAAUGUCAUGAUUGCUCAACAAUAGUUCUUGCAGGUGGAUUUGCAGAGUCCUAUAUACUGCAAGAAGCUAUUCGAGAUGCAUUCAAGGGUAUGCGAUUGAUCAUACCAAAUGGGACAGGGUUAGUUGUCUUGAAAGGCGCCGUUAUAUUUGGUCAUCGACCAGCAACCAUAGUAGAGAGAGUAUGUCGAUACUCAUACGGUCUUAAAGGGAGCCAUCGGACGUCUGAGGAGUGUAAACAUCCACCAACAAAAACAACUGAAGGUAAAGAUGGAAUAAAGCGUUGUAAAAAUUUGUUUAAGAUAUAUGCAAGAUGUGGCGAGACUGUGGAAUUGACAGAAGAGCGUUCAACUUAUUUAGGAUGUCCAAGAUAUGAUGAUCAAACAAACAUUGGGUACACUAUAUACGCAUCUGAAAAUGAGAAUCCCUUGUUAACGACGGAAGACAAAUGUUUCGAAUUAGGACGAUUGAAAAUUCCAAUUUCGGAUACAUCCUUUGGAAGAAACAGAUUAUUUGAGAAAAGUUUUAUAUUUGGUGACACUGAGAUUAUCGUAAAAGUAGUUGAUAAAGUAUCAAAGGAAGUAUAUUUGUUGUCAGUUAACUGUUUAGAAUAGUUCUAGAUACUCAAGCGAGCACGAAUAAAUUUUAUUUUCUUGAUAAAGUGAACAUUAAGUACAUGAAAGUGUAUAGAAUAUGAAUAAUAGUGAAUAAAAUUAUGCAACCAUUUCAGAAAUGUAUACAAUGGCUUUUUUGUG